CGCUCGAAGGAUUGUUUUGCUUGUGUUGGCCAGCACGAGCCAAACCAACGACAGCCACACACUUCAUGCUGUAACCUGAGCAUACUGGCUCAAUAUAACUAACUCCAAGCGCCCAGCGAUGGGCAGCGCGCCCUCCACGGAGGCGCCGGGGCGUAACCAGGUGAUGCCCUACGACGCCCAGGCGCUCAAGGAAGACACGGCCCGACUGCGCCGGCAGCUGGAGGAGACGAUGGCCACAUUCGCAAAGAACCUGGAGGCCACCGCACACGCAGAGCGGAAGCGGGAAGAUGCUGAAGCGGCGGCACAGCGGUCUCGGCUAGAUGAUGCCGCGUCCGCAGAACGGAAUAAACUGGAUGAGGUCGCGGCCGUGGAGCGGAGGCGGGCGACGGCGCAGGAGGAGGAAGCGGCGGCGGCGGAGCGGAAGCGCCUUGACGCCGACGCCGAGCUCGCUCGCGGCAAGCUGGACCAACAGGCUGCGGAGCACCGGAAGGAGUUGGACCGUCUGGCAGUAAUUAUGCGCAAGGAGCUGGAUGAUGCGGCCGCGGCGCAGCGGCAGCGGUUGGACGAAGAGGCAGCCGCCAAGCGUGCGACCCUGGAUGCCGCCGCCGCGGCGGAGCGGGCGCAGCUGCACAAUGCGGUGCAGGCGACGCUGUCGCGGCUGGAAGCUUUGGUAGCGAGUGUCGCAUCUGGGGCAGCGACCGCAGGUGCGCAGCAAAAUGCGGCUGCCGCAUCCACAGCGGCAGUUGCGGCCAAUGCCGCGGCGGAGGCGGAGGCGGCUGCACUGGCGGCGGAGCGGUGCAAGCUGCAGCUGGAGAUGCAACAGCUGGAGCAGCAGCGCCAGGCGGUGGCGGCUGCACAGGCCGCUGCGCAGGCGACUGCAGCGCAGGUUGCGGUGGGGCAGGCAGCGGUGCCUGCAGCAGCUGCAUCGGCGCGGCCGGCACCGGCCGCUGCAGCGCCCGCCGCGGCAGCACCGACGGCGGCUGCGGGACAGGCUUCGGGUGCCAUCGAGGCGACAUGGACGCAAGAGGACCUGUUGUGCCGCAUCCUGUCCCACGGCGUGCCCCUGGACGAGCUGCCCGAGUCCCUGCGAGACCUGCACGACGGCAUGCCGGCGGCCCUGCGCGAUGCGCCCAUGCGGCUGCUGCAUCUGGACAAGGUGCUGGCGUGGAGCAACAUCAAGGUGUACGAGGAGGUGGACACGUCAGCCGAGUGCAUCGAGGUGCCGUACGGAUCCGUGUCAGACGAGGUGUGGGGCGGCACCCUCAUCCUGUCCUGGCGCUGGGCGGCACUGAAGCCCACCAGCCACAUCCCCGGCUUCAGCCCCAUGAGCGAGCUGCAGUUUGCGGAGUUGCAGCGCGUGCUUGGCCGCGCGGCAGCGGCGGGCAUGACCUACGUCUGGAUUGACUGGUGCUGUGUGCCGCAGUACAUUGGCUCACCCAUGGUGGAGGUGCUGCGCUCCAAGGUGUUUUACGCGCGCGCCCGCAGCAUGACCGUCAUCCCCACCUUCUUCCCCAUCCCAACCGAUGGCAUCGUGCGGCUGCUGCUGGUGAAGGCCUCCCGCGUCAUCAAGCGCCGCGCAACCACCUCACCGCGCGCCGCCGUGGUCGCGACGCGCCUGGAUGACAUCCUGAAGAAGGAGGUGGUCGCGGGUCGCGAGUACUUCUGCCGCGUUUGGACGUUGGCAGAGCGCAUGGCGCGUCUGGGCCGGCGCGAGCAGCUAUGCCACUGGCUCAGCCUGGAGGCGUGGCUAGGCAUGUUGGUGGACGCGCUGAUCAAGAGUACUGAGGACAGGACCGCCUCCGCCAUCUUCAAGCAGAUCCUGGGCGAGCAGGCGGCGGGGCUGCUGGAGGUGGUGCUGGACCCGCUGUCGGACGCCGUCAAGACCGGCAGCAUGCACGUGAGCGAGGGGCUGGACGAGCGCGUGGCGGACCUGUUCGAGAGCGCGGUGGCCAUCUGGCACGCCGCCAAGGGCUUGGAGGAGGCGCCCACGCGCGAGUGGCUGCAGACCUACCUGGGCCAGGCGCACACCGGCAUGUACCAGGCCUGGAGUGACGCCGACCGGGUGUGGUCGGUGUACAGUUACUUCUGCUGGAAGCAGCUGGACCAGAGCAAGGAGACGUCCCUGCUGGAGGGGCUACAGGACCUGGUGCGUGUGGCGGGCGGCAGCCGCAAGCACCUGAUGGGUAUGGCCACGCGGCUGGGUGUCGCCAAGCUGGUGCCCUCCUCGGACGCCGACACCAGGCUGGUGGCGGCGGCGCGCACCAACGACACGGACGCACUGGUUGCGGCGCUGGCCGACGGCGGCUUCCCCGACACGCGGCCCUCGGACGGCAUGACGGCGCUGCACCACGCGGCGACACACGGCAACACCGAGGCUGUGAAAGCUCUGUUGGCGGAGGGUGGCAGCCAGGGCAUCAAGGACGCGUCCGGCUCCACCGCGCUCUUCGCGGCGGCGGAUGCCGGCCAUCCUGAGGUGCUGAAGCUGCUGCUGGCCGCUGCCGGCGGCAAGAAGGACCUGGAGACGACGGGCAAAGACGGCAACACGCCCCUCGCGGUGGCGGCGCAAAGCGGGCACGAGGAGGUGGUGCGGGUGCUGCUGGCGGCGGGUGCUGCGCGUGACGCGGCCAAUGAGAAGAAGGAGACGCCCAUGUCGCUGGCGGUCAAGGAGGGCCAUGCGGAAGUGGUCAAGGUCUUGUUGGACGCGGGCGUGGAUCCCAACACCAAGCGCGAAGGGUACACCCUGCUGUACCUGGCGACGUUCCACGGCCGUCUGGAAGCAGUGAAGAUGCUGCUGAGCGCGGGCGCGGACAAGGACGCACGAAACGACAACGGCUUCAGCCCAAUAGCCGCGGCGGCGGAGCUGAACAAGGCAGAGGUGCUCAAGUACCUCAUCAGCGUGGGCGCCAACAUGCACCCAACCUUCGACUUCAAGGGCCACAACACGCUGCUGCACCGCGCGGCAUUCGGCAACGCGGUCGAGGCUGCACAGGUGCUGAUUGACGCGGGCUUCAACAAGGAGGCUUAUGACGGGGACGACCAGAAGACGGCGUUGUCGACAGCCGCCCUGCGCAACAAUGUGGCGGUGAUGAAGGUGCUCAUUGCGGCCAAGUGCAACAUGGAAGACAAGGACAAGGACGGCUUCACUGCGCUGCACUACGCGGCUCAGAGGGGCCACUCCGCCGCCUGUGAGCUGCUCAUCAACUCGGGCGCAGACACCGGCGCCAAGACCAAGAAAGGCAACACGCCUCGCGACGUUGCGGAUGACAGGUCCAUCAAGGCUCUGUUCCCCAAGCCUGCCGGCCUCUUCUUCUAAGGAGUCAUACCGGCAACAUUUGCAUCACUCAUGCGCCCGUUCUGUCACUCAGCGCGCGUGUGACGUGCCAUGGUAGCAUUCCAUGCAUCCGCACAAGUUGAGCAUACGCGCGCAUACGGUCGAAUGUGCGGGGCCUGAGCGCGCCUGCAUUUCCAAGCUUGCCAAUCAUACAUGCCCUUGUGCGGCGUAAACUCGAGUGACUGUGAAGAACAUGCUGUGCAUGCAAUUCGGGUCGCACGGCCAUCGCCUUGCAUGCAUGGACCCAAUCAUGAAAGCUGCUGAAACAUAUUGUCUUUAGCGUGCGUGCGUGUCGCCCAUCUGCGGUAUCAUUAUACACAAGCGUGUUCAGAGACCAGUCAUGGUUUUGCUCGAGGAGUACCGCAUUGUCACUGCCAUACCACGGUUUAGUUUUACAUCGUGUCCGCAUGGGGUGUCGGGGUCGUGUGUGCAUGUGACUGAAGGUUCACACAGGGCCUUCAACGCUUGGUACUAACCUGUAGUAGCCAUUUACAGCCCGUUACCGCCCUGUUGAUUAUCAUGACUAAGCGUGACAUGGUGUGCAUGAGGUCAAUGAUGGCAUGGCCGCAGUCGAAGGCGGCUUCGGCGUGCGUGGCCAGGUGGAAUAGCAGGUCGCCAGUAAACGCAAUUGGUGCUUGCCAGGGCAGUCUGGGGCAGGGGGUUGUAAUGGGCUCUGUGAGUUGAAGAAAGGCCUUGCCCACCUCCUGGGCAGACAUGCAACUGAAAUGCGUUAAUGCGAAUGCGAAUGCAACGCAGAAGACUGCCGUUCUAGAAGGGGCGAGGCGCGUCGCCGCCUAGAGUUGACUACGGUUGUUGUUGCCAGGGGCGAUCGCAGCAUAUGCACGUGUGCAGCUUUUAUGUCGCUUUUUUUGCAUGGAAGCAUGCUAUGGAGGGUGCAGACUUGAAGGGGCUGGAGUACAGGGUUGGCUGGUCACUGGCUCACUGGGCACCAGUGUUUCCAACAGCUUACCGUUAGUCCC